UUCCAGCUGUUUGUUAAAUUCCUCCACACGUCGCAAUUGGCUGAGGCCGCCGGCUUUUUUACGUUUGUGUACGUUUUGUGUUCCCGUCAUGUGUGUGCAUGACAGUGUGUGAAUGUGACAGAGGACUUUUUUUUUUUCCCCCACCAGACUUUCCAAGCUGCUAAUCAGGGAAUGUAUUCGUUGUCAAGAAGGAAACUGUAAUCACACCAAGAGAAAAGGAAAAGGGACAGACAUUUCCCAGGACUUUGGUGUGAGGGUCUUGGAGCAGCAAAGUAACUGCGUCUCUUCCACUGCACGAUGACAGAAGUGGUCAGUCCACGUUCAAUAAUGGACUCUGAGAUGAUGUUCCAACCAGAGUCGGAUCAGAUGUCUCCAAUUGAACCCAGGUCUCCGCCCCUGGACCUGAUCGACACAGGGAAAGGGCUGAAGGUGCAGACGGCCACACCUCAUCUGGUGAGCCUGGGCAGUGGGAGGCUGAGUGUGGCAAUCACCCUGUUGCCCCUAAAAGAAGGAGUGACCCGCAUAGGCAGAGAAGAUGCCCCAGUUCCUCAAGACAUCACUGUCCAGGGGCCUGGCGUCGAGGCGGAGCACUGUCUCAUUUUUAAUGAAGGAGGGGUGGUGACCCUGGACCCCUGUGGACACCUCUGCAGUCUGGAUGGAGUCCAGGUCACUGUGCCUACACCUCUCACACAAGGUUACUCAUUGUGUCUGGGUAAAUCCUAUUUCUUCCGGUUCAACCAUCCAGAGGAGGCCAGCAGAAUGAAGAGCAUGCUUCCCCAGAAGAGCCCUGUGUCUGCCUUGGCUUACAACACAGACUACCUGAAGUUCAGUAGUGACUAUGGUCAUGCAGUGGUGGGUGGCACUAGCAGUGCUAGAGGCAUGCGAUCAGCCUCUGAGCUCCGAGACUUGAUGGACACCCUGCAGCGUAAGAAGAUUGCCCUGGAGAACAGCCUCAGAGCCAACGGGAACGCCAAUCCUUCCUACUUCAGUGUCACACAGUCUCCUCCCACCUCACCGACCACCAGUCCCGCCACAUCAUCCACAGCCUAUCAGGAACAAGCAAGACGGUUCUAUGGCUCAGAUCGUCCUCCCAUGUCUUUGAAAUCUGCUCCCCCUCCUUCCCCUGGACGUCGAUCAGACCCUUCUUCUUCCUCCCGCACCUUGAUCAGUCGGAACCAAGAAAACUACAGCAUUGGCGAUAGCCGACGGCUGCACAACCCGGGCUCCUCUAAUUUACUGUCCACAUGGAACGGUGGCGGUUCCUCAAUAUCUGUGGAUGGUAGCAACACCCUCCUCCUGACUCUACCUCCAUCCUCCACCCGCACUCCAUCAACAGGAGGUGCGGUCAGCAUGCCCUCAAGCCCACGUCUUGGCCGCCGUAGCUUUGGCAACCAAGAGCCAUUGCCCAGCAGUCGAACCAGGAAGUAUUCGGCGGGCUCACUGAAUGGGAUGAUAGUUGGUGGACACAGCCGCUCCCUGCCACGCCUCUGCCCCUCUACAUCUCCCCGUGACAACAACAAUGGAGGUCUGACCCUGUCAACCUUGCCCCCACGGCGAUCUGAUGUUGCCGGGGGUUAUAAAUAUAGUAAAGACUAUUACAACAAUCAGAAUGGCAAUUCUGACCUCAACCACAACUCCAGCAUCUCCAGUCAGCUUUACUCCAAUAGAAAUCAAAUACAGAGCACCAACCAGGGGGAAGGUGUUGUGUCUAUCUCCCUCUCUUCCCCUAAGAACGUGCCUUCCGUAACUCCCUCCAUCUCUUCUACAACAACCCAACCUGACGUGACCAUCCCAUCGAAAGCAGGGGGCUCCUCUUCUCCUCGUGUUGCCAAAAAACUCAGCCUGACCUCCACUAGCUCCGUGGGCUCCAUCAGCUCCUUGAGUUCCAUCCCAGCAGAACUGGCAGGUCGUGGAGUUACAGGAGGAAUGGAUGCUUAUUUGGGGGAUAGGAGAGGGGUAGGACUAGAACUCAGCAGUGCCCCUGGGCUUGGAUUUGGCGAGAGGAGGUCUUCAUUUGGAAAGGCGGGUCUAGAACCUGGGGUGGGGCUGGGUGAGAGGAGGCAGUCAUUUGGAAAGGCUGGAGUGACCCCACCUGGGGGUUUCAGGGAACGAAGGGGGAGUAUCAGCUCACUGAGUGGGAAGGAGGAACUGACAGACUACCACCAGAGGCAAAAAGGGGAGAGACUACGGGAGCAGGAGGUGGAGAGACUGGAGCGGCAGCGGCUUGAGACCAUCUUGUCUCUGUGUACGGAGCUGGGUCGGUCUGAGAGAGAUGGAGGUGGCACAACUACUGCUCCGACUUCGGCUGUAGCAGAUCUCCAAAAGAUCAAUCAGGAGCUCGAGAAGCUUCAAGUGAACGACGACGACGAUGACGACACACCAUCAGUCUUUUCGGACUCCUCGGCUUUUAAUGGAACCACAGAGAAUGGACACACCGUCUCCCCUGGAUUAGAGAAUGGUUACUAUGACAACGAUCUACAGGUACGACAGAGACGCAGCAGCGGCGGCCAGCGAGACAACAGGGCAGAAUCCCCUGCUGUCAGUCUGCGAAGCUUUGGCCCCUCCCCUUCUCCUCGUACACAGAGGAACAAUGAGGCUCUAGAUGAAGCUGCUCGUUACCGUAGACAAGAAAUGAGGCCAUCAGAGGAGGAAGUGAGGCGUGUGGAGGAGGAGAGGAUCCAGGUGCUGAACAACAUGGAGGAGGUGGAGCAAAAGAUCAAAGAGCUGGACAACCAAAUAGAGGAGUCUUCCCGAGAGGUGGAGGUUGAGCGAGCUUUGGUGGAGGCAGAGAUGGAGUCAGAGGCAGCUGCUCUUCAGCAGGAAAAAGAUGCUUUAGAGGCACUCCACAACAAGAUGGCCGACCUAGAGACCAAGUCCCAGCAAGAAAAAGAAAAGGCGUGCGAGUUGCUGCAGGCAGAAAGGGGCAGAGUAGAGAGGUUGGCUCAGAUUGUGUGUGAGCAACGCUCCCAGCUGGACAGCUGCCCUGAGGCCACCAAGGAGCCCCUGCAGGAGCAGCUGGCCAGGGACUGUGAAGUGCUAGAGACGGAGACAAAGCGUUUCGAGGACCUUGAGUUUCAGCAACUGGAAAAAGAGAGCAGGCAGGAUGAGGAGAAGGAGACCCAUACACAACAACUCCUCCGGGAGAUAGCUGACCAUCAGCGAAGCACCGUCACUCGCAAGGAGAGACUAUUAACACUGAAAAAGCAGGCAGUGCAGAUUACCCAGCAGGCUCAGCGAGAGAAGGAGAGCUUCAUGAAGGAGAGAAGCAACCUUGAAGCAAUGCUACAAAGGGAGAAAGAAAACCUCGCCACGCUUGAAAGAAAAUAUGCUGAUCUCACCGGUGGCAGAGGUUUCACUCUAAGGGAGGGCUAUGUCACAGUCAGUGAAAUCAAUGAGCUUUACUCACAGCUUGGGGGGGAACUUAAACCCGCCCCCGCCUCUGCCUUGGCCAAUGCCUCUCCAGAGUCCACCGCAAACCCCUCCCCUGAUGGCGACACCUCAAAACCACCAGAGGAUGAGCAAUUCCGUUUGUUGGAAGAGAGAAAGAGGUCUGAGAGAGAAUCCGGCUCCCACCUAAGUGACACCCUACCCAGGAAGAGAAGCACACCCACCAUGACGCCUCAGUUCACUAGCGCAACACUGGGACGCAACUUCUCUAACAAGUCCCACCAGCCGCUGGUUCAGAGCACAAGUUGUGGCAGCAUUCUUCCAAGAAUUUUCUCCCUAUCCAACAAGGAGACUGAAUCUCGACGUCUGCAUAAAGGUCAGCCCAGCUCCCGAGCAGCUUCCCAGACCAACGUGUACCUCGAUGCCUUCGGUUACCGUGACAACCAGGCCUUUGACACAAUGAGCAUUGACAGUACUGAUUCUAUUGAAACCAGCAUCUCUGCCUGCUCACCUGACAAUGUCUCCAGUGCCAGUACUUCCAAUGUGGCCAAGCUAGAGGAGAUGGAGCGUCUGCUGAGAGAAGCCCAGGCAGAGAAGAUAAGCCUCAUAGAACACAAGGAGCGAGAGAUGGGCAUACGAAAGCAGGCACUAGAGGAGGAGCGGAGAAGAAGGGAGGACCUGGAGAAAAGGCUACAAGAAGAGACGUGCAGACGCCAGAAACUCAUCGACCGUGAGGUGAAACUGCGAGAAAAACAGAGGGCACAGUCCCGGCCGCUGACACGAUACCUGCCGGUGCGAAAGGACGACUUUGACCUGCGCGCUCACAUUGAGUCUGCCGGCCACAGCACAGACACAUGCUUCCACUUGUCCAUCUCAGAAAAAACCUGCCGUGGCUACUUGAUCAAAAUGGGAGGCAAGAUCAAAACCUGGAAGAAACGCUGGUUUGUCUUUGACCGUAACCGACGCACGCUCUCCUACUAUUCAGACAAACAUGAAGCCAAACUGAAAGGAGUGAUCUACUUCCAAGCUAUUGAAGAGGUGUAUUAUGAUCAUUUGAAGAAUGCACAUAAGAGCCCUAACCCGUCUCUGACCUUCAGUGUGAAGACACACGACAGGGUCUACUACAUGGUCGCUCCCUCUCCAGAGGCCAUGAGAAUCUGGAUGGAUGUGAUCGUCACAGGUGCAGAGGGGUACACGCAGUUCAUGGUGUAGGAACAUGUGCCAUCCUGCUGCCGUGACCCUUUCUGGCUUUAAAGACUUCCGUUUCCCAUUUUAUCUUCAGAUUUUGAAAAAUGAUGAACGGACAUUAUAGUCACACAUGCUGGAGAAUUGACUCAUUUUCUGUUCUAAAGACAGUGGCCUCAAGACACUCGAGAUUCAGUUCUCACUUAAGAACAGUUCUUGCGCCUUAUUCAGGAGAUGUGCAGGGUUUACCCUCCCAUGCCGGUCCGGGUUCUAACUCCAGAGAGGUUAUUAAGUGAUCUAUGGCCCACUGUGGUGUCAUAGAGUAAACUCAUGUGUACAUCAAAAGAGAUUAUUGUCAAAAAAUGUUUUAAUUAACUCUAUUUUUCACAAGAUUAAUAAAACCCAUUCCCUUAAAUCAUGAGCAGAAUGUGACUCAAAGACAGAUUGGCUAAAUGAACCACUUUUAAUAAAUACAGAAGUGAAUCAGAAAAUGGAUUCAGAAACGUUUAAUGCCAACCAAUUAACUUUUUCACCAGAACAAUAGAAAUUUUAAAAUGGGUUCAACCAAUUCUAAACAGUUUCUGUUGUGUUUGUGUUAAAUAAUGCAUAGUGAUUUAGUAAAGUUAGUUUUAUUUACUUUCUUUUGUUUUGAUUAAACUCCAUGUAUCCUUACUGUGGCAUACUCAGGUCUUAACUGUGGAUGAGCAUGCAUGCUCAGUAUGCUCAUGUGUGAGUUUAUACACAGUCACUAAAGAAGUGCCUGUUCAGACUUUAUAUACACAUCCAUUUACUGGGAGCUUUGAAAAUAGCUCCAAGGUGCUAUUCUUACACACUAAUGAUUUUAAUCACACCUUGUGUAAAAACAUUAAGAUCAGGGUGUAAGUAAGCACUCAUCUUUGUGAUUAUCUGUUAUUUUUUAAUGUGGAUUUACCGCUCUGAGUUUACAAUAAUGUUACCACAGACUCAGAAAUAAAGUUCAAACAACUGUCAUAAUAUAGUUACUGCAGGUGAUUUUUUUGUUUUACAUAUAUAUAUAAGUAUAUAUAUAUUGACUAUUAAGGGUCUACUUUUUCGAUUUGUACAUUUUGUUUCUAAGUUGUAGUUAGUUUUAAGACAGUUAUUGUGCAUGAUCAACUCAUGACUCCUAUUUGUGCCUUUUUUUAAUCAUAUUUUUGUGACAGUAUUUUAACAUCAGUGUUUAAGGGCUCCAUGUAUCUACAUUAUAAACUAAAUGCCAAGCUAUCUGUGCUGAGGAAACACAAAUGUGGAAAGAUGUUCCUGAGUGAUUUUUCUUUUUUCUUUAAGAAAGUAGGAUUAGGUUGUCUUUAAAUGUGUUGAAAUGGUACACACACACUCAAGUAGAGGCCUUAAGUCAUCAAGACCGACUGACUGAUUAUUGUGCUGCUCUGGUCCACGAGCUUUUAAUGCAUCGCUUUUAUUACCACUAAUUCAGCGCCAGCUAUUCCACUUUGAACACUAAGGCUGCUUUUUGUAUCGUUUAUCAUAGUCUUGCCUCUUGGCAUUGUAUUUCUGUUCUGUUUUAUCGACCAAAGUCAAUGUUUAUGUGGUGAAAUGUAUAUGUGGUUUCUUUGCUUUGACUUCUCUUUCAUCAGUACAGUGAGAGAAAGAGGAUAUCUGUUUGUGUUUUUAAGACGAGUACCUGGAUGUUUUCCACCAACAAAAAGGGGGCUGUGAUAAAGGAAGCGUCAUGAGCUUUACUUCUCUUGGAGUUAUUAUUUUUUAUGUGGAUUACACUGUAUUUAUGCCAUAACCAAUGCAUGUAUCUUAAUUUUAUAUUCCCUUAAGAAUAAUAAAAAAUGAUAUAUUUUACCUUUUA